AUGCCCAUCAAUCUUCUCAAAUUACCUCGUUUAGUUGGUGUCCUUGAAGUUCUGCAACCUAACACAUUGGCCUUGAAAGAAAUUUUGACUGAGAAGCUUGGAAAUGAUUAUAGAUCAGAUACAAUUAUCGAUUUGAGGUGCCAGAAAGACGGAAAAUUUCUACAUCGACUGGAAUGUAUAUAG